AUGAAAGUUGCUUACGAAGUCACCAAAGAUAAGAAACCAUGGGAAGUUAUCAUCGGAUCAGAUCAGUUAAUAAACCCAGCAGCUUUCCUGGAAAAUCUUCGUGGAUUUGAACAAGUAUCGAGAUAA